GGUGAACAAUUUGUGCAGCGGGCCUCGACAUCGUGGCACGAUCCAGGCCUGACCUGCCCACAGCCACGCCAGCUCGUCGUCUCGGCACAUUACGACUUGCUUGCAGCAGAUUGCCCUCGGCCCAAAUCGCCAUGGAACCAUCAAUACGCCUGGCGACGUCCAGUGUCUGCCGCAGCUGUUUACGAUCGGCCCGCCGCACCACUGCCCCGACUCACGUCGCCCGCAACUUCUCCGGUCUUGCCUACAGCCGGCGGCGCUCAACGAACCUCACAGCCCAAUCGUCGCCGAUCUCUCCUCUUCGUAAAUCCUUCUCGCUUUUUGGCAGCGCCCAGCCAAAGUCCGCCGACGAUGGUCAUUCUGUGACAACAAAUGCCCCAGCCGAUGGCGAGAAGCAGAAGCUCGUGCUUCAUCCCGACGACCUCUUCCACUCGUACACAAACUCGCCAAUUCCCGAUAUGCGGCGGCGUGCUGCGUUUAUACGGCAGCAUGCAUCCUGCCCUCAUCCAGACCACCGCAUUGCUCACGCUCCUAGCGAUGGCAAGGCCCCUCCCGUCGAAAGCAACGGCACUCAACCGCCAGCCCAUGUCGACUUUGAGUGUCCCGAUUGUGGCAUCCCGGUUUACUGUAGUGAGCAGCACUGGGCAGAGGACUAUGAGCGCCAUCUCGAAAUAUGCGAUACACUCAAGCAGAUCAACGAGGACGACCAUGAUCUCCGUUCCGGUCGCUUCUUCCCAGAGUUUGAGUACGCGGGUCCUCAGAUGGACGAGGCGCCAGUCAACCUGCUGAACUGGGACACACUUCUAUACACACGUCAGUUUGAGGCUAUCAACGACGACCGAAGCAUGCGCCAGGCGACGCGGCUUCUUACUUAUCCUGUCACGAUUGGCAGCAUUCUGCACGAGCUUAGCCCCUAUGGUGUUCGCAAGGGCGACAGACUCACUCCUGAAGGCCUCAAGAGCAUGAGUGCCCUACGCUAUACACUGCACCCUCCAAAGACCGGAGGUGGCGCUGGAAUCAAGGGUCUGCGGCCAGAGGCACCGCCUGUGCGCAUCUUCAUCCUGGGAGCCCGAGCUGAAUCCUCGCUUCCUCGCAAUGUCUGGGUGCAGCUCUCCCAUCUGUUUCCCCGUGGCAAAUUCCAUCUCAUCUUCAUCGGACCUGAAAGUAUGAGCAAUCGCGACGAUGAAUUCCCAUUACCACCACGCACACCGACCAAUCCUUUUGGCGCCAUUGUGGAGGAUCGUGUCUGGCCGACUAUGAAAAUCAGCACGAUUGUUGACUACUACCACACCCUUCACAAGACUGGCCAUUUCGCGCCAUACGAUCCGUACUUUGAUUGCUUCGUCAUGUUUCACCCCGGCAUGGGCCACCCGGCGAGCUCACACGAGUGGGCUGAGACUGUGCCGUUGCUUCUUGAGACCAAGGCACCCAUCAUCGUGACCGGAUACACUCAAUAUGACAUGGAGCGAGAUAUUGAAUGGGUGAACAAGACUUGUCGUGGAGAAUUCGACAUGCUCCUUGAGCCGGGCGAGAACAAGUUCCGCAGUCUGCGAUGGGAUCUUAACGACCUCGAUCCGCAGGAUAUCUCGUGUGGAAACUGGGGAGUCUGGGCCUUCCGAGGCAAGAGAUACGAGACUAUGCGGAAGGAUGCCGAAGAGGAGACGACAAGAUCAACAUAGUGACGCUGCCUUGGCCGAGAAGAGGUCUUCCAACUGUAGCAUUACUUGUAACAUUGGCUUAGCCGCCUAUAUCCAUCAGAGUAUAUGUAUAGUACUUUGUGUACAUUACGAUAGAGCCACACAUAUUCUGCCGACCCAGUCGCACAGAGGGGAAGUGAUGUCUAAUUCCGAGAUCAGUCACAUCGGAAGGAACUUUCAGCUCUGAGAUCACCAUUGUUGCGUUGCUUCUGUAAGCAGUAGAGGAGAGUCGUGGUGUGCUUGAUAUUAAGCAGGAUCCGCGAGCAAGCGAUGCGGUCACCGAGGCAAUAAAGAUUCCACAAGAGCAGUCUCUUCGUGAAUCACUUGUACAAAAAUGAAGCUGUAAAGCGCGGCAGUAUCUGAGCUAUGUCCUGGUCGCU